AUGGCUGCCCAUACAAUGCCCCCGGUCUUAACCAUCAAGACGACUGACCUGCCCCUGUCUAGUUUUCCCGAUUACAUAGACCCUUUCGAGUCUUCUGGUGACACAUACGUCGACGACAUCAUGGCGUCUCCUGUGGCAUCGAGUCCCUCCAGCAAGCUCUUUGAGAAGCUUAGAGCUGACCCUGAGCGUCACCCCUCUCCCCAGCCAACACACUUCAGCGUCCCUGUCCUAUCAAGGGCCAAUGGCAAUGGACACAGAGUUAUGCGGUCGGCUACGGUCGGAUAUGUCGCGCCAGAGUUCAAGGGGAAGGCAGAACAAAUGAAGCAGGUCAACGCAGAGAUCAACAAAGCCGGCUGGAUUCCGGAGAAGCUUGUUGAUGCUCAGAUUGCCUGGUUCUACAAUGAGCUAGGCAUCGACGAUGUCUACUUCCAGCUUGAGAGACCUAAUGUCAUCGCCGAUCACAUCUCUUCGCUCUACGCUGCCAAGGUGGCGGCUUACUCCAGGGAAGACAAGAGGGAAGAGAUCCGCCUCGACAUGGAAGCCAGUGACCAUGCCAUCUACAUCGACACAAGUGAGCCAGGCAAGAGCGCCAUCGGUGGCCCGCGCUACGAAGGCAGGUUGGAGUCUAAGUACCUCGAUGGCACCGACACCAGCAAGCGAUUCCGUGUCGAAACCUUCCGUUCUCCUGGCGUGCUUGGCGACAAGUCCGAUUCGAAGGCUUCUCUACGCUGCUAUUUCGUAUACCAGUGUCAGUUUGUAGAUCCUAAAGCCGACCCUCAUGAGGCCCGCCUGGAAGUUAUUAGCGACCGGAUGUUCCUUGCCAAGGCGACCAAAAACACGAAGCAGAUCUACCAAGAAAUCAUCGAGCUGGCUGUCAACCGUACCGGCCCCGUGAUUGAAGUCUUUGAUAUCGAAGGCUCUCAAGAGAAGCGCCUGGUCGUUGCUUUCCGCUCGCGAACGGCCCGAGGUCUCUUCAGCGCCCUGUCUGACCUAUACCACUACUAUGGUGUCACCAGCUCCCGAAAGUAUGUCGAGCAAUUCUCCAAUGGCAUCACUGUCAUCAGUAUCUACCUCAAGCCUGCUACCAACCUAGAGGCCAAGUAUCCUCCUCUUGAGCAGUCCAUUCAUCAAAUCACCAAGGAAAUUUCUCUGCUGUACUGCAUUCCUCAGAACAAGCUUCACACCCUGUUUGCGUCGGGGGAGCUCAGCCUCCAGGAAGCUAUCUAUGGACACUGCGUGUGGGUCUUCGUCCAACAUUUCCUCAACCGUCUGGGCACAGAAUAUGCUUCGCUUUCUGAAGCACUCGACCGGAAGAACCCCGCGCAUGCAGAAAUCCUGUCGAAGCUGAAGCGGCGUCUGCGCACGGAGACGUUCACGCCAGACUACAUUCUCGAGAUCAUCACCUCGUAUCCCGGUCUUGUACGUGCGUUGUACGCCUCGUUCGCCAGCGUCCACUUGAGUGUCGGCCCUGGCUUUGAACGCCACUUUAUUGCACCUACACCAGCAGUCGAGGUCUUGUCGGACGCAAAGCUCAAGGACAGAAUCACUCGAGAAGUCUCCAAUGAGCACGAAGAGAUGGUCAUGACUGCCUUCCGCGUCUUCAACAACGCCAUCCUGAAGACCAACUACUUCACCCCGACCAAGGUGGCUUUGAGCUUCCGCCUUGAUCCCUCGUUCCUACCCUCUUUCGAGUACUCAAAGCCCCUCUUUGGCAUGUUCCUUGUCAUCACAUCCGAGUCUCGUGGGUUCCAUCUUCGUUUCAAGGACAUUGCCCGAGGCGGUAUCCGCAUUGUCAAGUCUCGCAGCAAAGAGGCGUACGCCAUCAAUGCCCGCAACCUCUUUGAUGAAAAUUACGGCCUAGCCAGCACGCAGCAGCGCAAGAACAAGGACAUCCCCGAAGGCGGCUCCAAGGGCGUCAUUCUUCUUGAUCCCAAGCAGCAGGACAAGGCGGCAGAGGCUUUCGAGAAGUACAUUGACAGUAUUCUGGACCUGCUCCUCCCUGCUCAGACGCCAGGAAUCAAGAACCCGAUUGUUGACCUGUACGGGAAGCAAGAGAUCAUCUUCAUGGGCCCGGAUGAGAACACUGCCGACCUUGUUGAUUGGGCUACCGAGCAUGCUCGAAGCCGUGGUGCGCCAUGGUGGAAGUCGUUCUUCACCGGCAAGUCACCCAAGCUCGGUGGCAUCCCGCACGACUCUUACGGCAUGACAACCUUGUCAGUCCGCGAGUACGUCAAGGGUGUGUACCGCAAGCUGAACUUGGAUCCUUCCAAGGUCAAGAAGAUGCAGACUGGUGGUCCGGAUGGCGACCUUGGCAGCAACGAGAUCCUGCUCAGCAAUGAGAAGUACACCUCCAUCGUUGACGGCUCCGGUGUCCUUGUUGACCCCAAUGGAAUUGACAAGGAGGAGCUCACUCGCCUUGCCAAGCAGCGGGUUAUGAUCGCUCAGUUCGACAUGUCCAAACUGUCAAAGGAUGGCUUCCGCGUACUCUGCGACGACAUGAACGUCAAGCUCCCCACCGGAGAAUUCGUUGCCAACGGCACAACGUUCCGCAACACGUAUCACCUGCGUGACACGGGCCUAACGGACAUGUUCGUCCCGUGUGGUGGCCGGCCGGAGUCGAUCGACCUCGUUUCUGCGAACAAGCUCAUCAAGGAUGGCAAGGCGGUCAUUCCAUACAUCGUGGAAGGUGCCAACCUCUUCAUUACCCAGGACGCCAAGUUGCGCCUUGAGUCUGCGGGCUGCGUUCUUUUCAAGGACGCCAGCGCCAACAAGGGCGGUGUGACUUCGUCCUCUUUAGAGGUCCUUGCGUCGCUCUCCUUUGACGACGAGGGCUUCGUCACGCACAUGUGCCACGACAAGAGCGGCAAGGCGCCCGAGUUCUACCAGGCAUACGUCAAGGAAGUCCAGGCCAAGAUCUGCGACAACGCGCGCCUUGAGUUCGAGGCCAUCUGGCGCGAGCACGAGCAGACCGGCGUCGCCCGUUCCGUACUGUCCGACAAGCUGUCCGUCGCCAUCACGACUCUGGACGAGGAGCUCCAGCACUCCGACCUGUGGAAGAACGAGCGCAUCCGCAAGGCGGUGCUCAAGGACGCGCUGCCGAAGCUGCUGCUCGACAAGAUCGGUCUCGAGACGAUCAUCGAGCGCGUUCCGGAUACGUAUCUCUGCGCUAUCUUCGGCAGCUACCUGGCCAGCCGAUUCGUCUACGAGUUUGGCAGCCAGCCGAGCCAGUUUGCUUUCUACGACUUCAUGUCCAAGAGAAUGUCCAAGAUCUCCGAGUAG